GGCUAAGCAGAGACCUUUAGAGAAACUGCCUGUUCUGGCUCAUACAGACCGCAACAUAUAAAAGCUGUUAGCAGCUCCUGUGGCCAGAAGCUUCAAAACCAGCAGAGUUUUGUUCUUUGGGGGUUUGUAAUAAGAGACACUCCACAAAGGUUCAUAUCAUCAUAUAGGAGAGUGCUAUAUAUACUGGGAGAACAAUAGAUUUUAUUCUUUUUUUUUUUUUUUUUCUUGGUAUUAUCCAGAGAUCUGUUUUCACUGCCCUGACUUAAAGCAGAGUACCUCUGUGGCCUAUCUUUCUCCUUUGGCCCCAAAAUGACAGUAAUCACUGCAAUCAGUUGUGCUUUCUUAUUUUCCAUUCUCUGUGAAACAAGUGCAUUAGUGUUACCCAACUCCACUGACCUACUCCUGUCAGACAAUAAUUUCACUGACAUUGAGACGGCUUUGGCAGCUCAUCUGGACUCUGCAAAAGUACCCAAAGCCAGGCGGAAGCGCUACAUUUCACAGAAUGACAUGAUUGCCAUUCUUGAUUAUCAUAAUCAAGUCAGAGGCAAAGUCUUCCCACCUGCUUCCAACAUGGAAUAUAUGGUUUGGGAUGAAACUCUUGCCAAAUCUGCAGAGGCUUGGGCUGCUACAUGCAUUUGGGACCAUGGACCUUCCUACUUACUGAGAUUCUUGGGCCAGAACCUAUCUGUGAGAACUGGAAGGUAUCGAUCUAUUCUCCAGCUGGUAAAGCCAUGGUAUGAUGAGGUGAAGGAUUAUGCUUUUCCUUAUCCUCAGGACUGCAACCCCAGGUGCCCCAUGCGAUGUUAUGGACCCAUGUGCACCCAUUACACACAGAUGGUUUGGGCCACUUCCAAUCGUAUAGGCUGCGCAAUCCACACAUGCCACAAUAUGAACGUCUGGGGAUCUGUUUGGCGACGAGCUGUUUACUUGGUAUGCAACUAUGCCCCAAAGGGGAAUUGGAUUGGAGAAGCACCAUAUAAAGUAGGAGUCCCAUGUUCUGCUUGUCCUCCAAGCUAUGGAGGUUCUUGUACCGACAAUCUUUGUUUCCCAGGAGUAACAUCAAACUACUUAUACUGGUUUAAAUAAGUUAAAUUUUACAUUAUUUUUAAAAAAAAAGAAAAGGAUGAGUAACAAGAAGCUUGUAUAUUGAAUUUUGCACAUAUUAUAUAUAGAGAGAUAUUGUAAUAAUACUCUGAUGUUUUCUUUUUAUAUGCUUUUGUAUAAUUAGCUUUCAAAGUAUAGUAUAAUUUGGUUUUAACACUUUGGGAUUUAAGAGUCACAUUAACCCUUUUAGAUUAACAUUUUGUCAAUGGAAAGCAAACUAAUUUUCACCUUAGCAAAUGUAGCUUCCUGAAGAUUAGGUUCUGUUAAAAGCGCAUUAAAAG